AGGUCCGUCCGGUAUUGGCCAAGCCCAUGGUCUUGCUCCUGAGUAAUCUUUCUACUGUCGGUGAACCAGAUGUUUUGCUAAAGCUUUCUUUGGUAUGUUGGGGCAAGAAAUGGCUAAGGAAUCAAAGUACAACAUUUUGCAGGAAGUGGGUCGUGGAAGCUAUGGUAUUGUUUAUGAGGCCAUCGUCAACAGAACAGGAGCCAGGGUGGCAGUAAAGAGGAUGCGAUGUGAAGUACCUGAAAAUGUUGAAUUGGCCCUUCAAGAAUUUUGGACACUCCACAAUGUUAAGAGACGCCACCCAAAUGUUAUCCGUCUUGAAGAGUGUUUUCUUCAGAAUGGUAGUGUACUUCAGCCGGUCAGUGCACAUGACAGGAAAUCUGACAGUCACCUAUUGCUUAUUGAAACGUGUCUUAAAGGGAAGAAAUGCCUAGACCCAAAAUCUAGUUGCUUUCUGUGGUUUGUGAUGGAAUUCUGUGAUGGUGGAAAUAUGAAUGAUUACUUGCUAUCUCGAAAUCCUGACCCCAAACUCAACUGGACUUUCAUGCAACAGCUGAGUAGUGCAGUGGCCUUCCUUCAUCGAAAUCAGAUUGUACAUAGAGACUUGAAGCCAGAUAACGUACUUAUUUCCCACAGCUCUCAGGGGCCUGUUGUUAAAGUAAGUUUGAGUUCUAAUAGUCUAACCCCCUCUCCAUAUUUGUGUAUGGAUGAGCAGCUCAAUCUCUCUGGUCAGGGAAAUGAUUAA